AUGUUACAAAGAGAAUAUGAAAUAAAGCAAGGGGACACCUUGAGGCUUGAUGCCUUUAUUUAGUCACUGGAAAAGGACAGAGACUGCCAUAAAUGUGAGACUGAGAAUUUGUUGAAGGCAUUAAGGAACACAUUCUCAAGUCCUAAGUAAACCUCUACUUGUGGCAGCAUAAAAUAAAAAAAAAGUCAUCUACAGGCACAAGAGGAGAUUUCCCAGCUUUGUCAGGAAGUUAUAAAAUGCCCCAGGACUCCUAAAAGCAUCACUCCUGUGACAGCUCAAGCUGUAUUAAGACACAUGGAGUCAGAAAGGAAAACAGCACUGUCAGAUUGCCAAAGGAUGCCUACAGAACGUGAUAGCCUCAGGGAGCAGUUACAGAUUUCCCAAGAAACUUUGUUUAAUGAAAAGGCUCAUUUGGAACAGAGAAUUGAAGAGCUAAUGACUAUUCACAAUUUAGAUAGUGAACAGUUAGAACAGAUGUCUAAAGUGGCACUUAUGAAAGACACCAUUGAUUCUCUGGAAACAGAGAUGAAAAGAUUGACAAGAAAAGUACUGGAUUCUGAAACUGUGAGUUGACAGGAAGCUGAAUAUGCUUCUCUUAGUUUAUUGAAUGAAAAGACAGAACUGAAUGUUUCAGAGAUUCAGUGAAGCCUUGUGAAGAAAAAGCUUGAAAUGCAACUUAGCCAAGAGAAAAUGAUCCAUUUAGAUAAAAAACUGAUGAGUUCACAUGCCCUUCAAGAACCAGUUAAUAAAGUACUAUAUAAAAAACUAGCAAAGUACCAAACUGAGCUUGAUGAUAUGAAGUUGAAAGCCCAGGGUUCAAACAGAGAUAUUUUCAGGCUGAAGCAUGUGCUGAAGUUUUUUUGUGUUAGGAGAGAGAACUGUGAGCUCUUGGAGAAUUAUCACAAAGCCUCUGAACAAGGAGAAAGUUGGGAAGCAAAAUGACCUGAAGCAGACAGGCUUUUCCUGUUAGACUGGCAGCGAGCAGUGCAGUCUGAGAGCCACAGUUGGAAAGGGAAAAUAGAGUCCCUUGAAACACAGAUGGAGCAAGAGAGCGUCUCUGUACUUGAAAAUGCCACAUCUACACCAGAACUUUGCAUUAAAGUAGAUGCAAUCAAAGAACGAUUAAAUUAGCAUUUAAUUUCCACAGCAGAGAAGGUAGAAAGGCUGCAGAGCAAGUGUGAAUCAAACCAUUCUGAAACAGUGCUGCUGAGAAAACAACUGGGAAAUGAAAAAGCAUCUAUGAAAAACCUGGAAUCUUCUCUUGUGUCCAAUUGUGAGAACGAAUUUCAGUCACAGAGAGCAAACCAAGAGAAAGUCUCUGAAAUUCAGUUUCAUGAGGAACAGCUUGCUUUAGCAGAAAAUAAUCUUGCUGUGCAGAAUCACGAUUUUACUCACCUCAGAAACAGAGCAGCUCAGUUAGAGUCAGAACUGGAUAUCACCAAAACACAGCUGGGGACUGAGCACUCUGAUAGUAAUGAUGAGGGGUCUGAAGAGGACAUCUCUGGGAAGAUCAUCUUCAUGGGAAGAAAUUAA